AUUACACGAAUUAAGGUGAAACGAGAGUUAUAUAAAAAUUUCUCUUGACAUUUGAAAAUGACAAUUACUUAUAAAUGUUAAAUUUACAGACUCUGGAUCGCGACCCAUUUAAAAAUAUUUUCAGAGUAAUGCGGAAGUACAAUAAUAAUCAAAUCAUGACACAUUUAAAAAUCUGAUGAUCAAACAUUUGCCUGCCAUCCUUGCAUCUCCUCUGACUCAAUGCCCUCCGGGAAAGGUUCCAUCAUUGUCUUCUUGUUACCUACGUGUAGUCAACGAAAAAUACAAACUACACGCUCAGCGAAACCGCUGAGUGGUACCACGCUAGAAUUCAUGCAUUGCUCUAACUAAUAACAUUGCCAUUAAACACUCACAUAUGAGGGGUCGAUUUAAAUUUCGAAUUUUUGGUCUUCCGCACGCUCGCAUCAUCGUUUUCAUCGUCCACGCCCUUCAAAGUGACAGAUCCUAAAACACUGCCGACCAGACUGUACUUUCCGGAGGACACAAUCUCUUAUAUGCUGGAGAUAACCGGAAAUCAUUUCGCCGGUGAAUCGGUUGAUUCAAUCGUACACCUACAAUGUUGUCGACCUGCAAUGCCACCGUUGGCAGCUCGAGUCUUGCCUUCCCGAAUCCGCCCCGCCUUUUCCAUCCCAGCAAUCUGAUUUUCGGUCGACGCCGGAAUUCCGUAUUUCCCGGCGAAUCUCUGCGCUCUAGUCCGGUAAUGGCCGUGUCCGCUCAGGAGCCUAAGGUUAUUGAACCCGCCGCCUCUGAGCCGAGCCUUGCUAGUCGGCUCAGGCAUGGCAGCUUGGCGGCAGACGGGUUUUCUUUCAAGGAGAAGUAUAUUAUUCGGUGCUCCGAGGUCGGGGUUAACAAAACUGCAACCAUUGAAGCCAUCGCCAAUCUCUUGCAGGAGGUUUCGUGUAACCAUGCUCAGAGUGCAGGAUUUUCCACCGAUGGGUUUGCGACCACUCAUACCAUGAGAAAAUUGCGCCUUAUAUGGGUUGCUGCACGAAUGCACAUUGAGAUUUUUAGAUACCCUGCCUGGAGCGAUGUCAUCGAGAUAGAGACUUGGAUUGCUAGCGAGGGAAGGAUUGGGACACGGCGUGAUUGGGCUAUUAAGGACUGUGCAACUGGUGAACUGAUUGGGAGAUGUACCAGCAUGUGGCUGAUGAUGAACCAAGACACCAGACGGCUUCAGAAGGUAGUUGAUGAUGUUCGUAAUGAGUUGAUACCUUUUUGCCCCAACCCGCCAAGGUUUUCUUUUCCCGAUAAGAGUUCCAGCUCAAAGAAAAUACUUAAACUGGAAGAUCCAGCAGAGUAUUCUCUCCUACGGCUGGUGCCAAGAAGAACUGAUUUGGACAUGAAUCACCAUCUGAAUUUUGUAACCUACAUUGGAUGGGUACUCGAGAGCAUGCCUCAAGAAAUCAUUGAUACGUGUGAGCUGCAAACUAUUACGCUGGAUUAUAAGAGGGAAUGCCAGCACGAUGACGUGGUUGAUUCUCUCACAAGCCAUGAACCACUUGAUGGAUCAGUGGCAGGUGAUCGGAAGUGCUUCCUGCAUUUACUCAGACUAUCUAAUGGGGGAGUUGAGAUAAAUAGGGGUCGUACCGAGUGGAGAAGCAAGUCUUGAGACUUAUUUCCUGCUGAUUUGUAGCAUUGAACAUAUAUAUAUAUAUAUAUUUUCAUAGCUUGUUUUCUUGAAAGAGAAGUUGAUCCAGUGCUUGGUGAGUGAUUGGUGUGAACUGAUAUGCUCUUGAAGUUUUGAACUGCCAAACAAAAUCUGUUGGGGAGAACAUUUUUUCUCUCUAACGGUUGAUGAAAUUUGGCUGGGGUUAUAUUCCAAUU